AUGGGAAGUAGAAAAGCUGGGGUUGGCGUCCAGGAUGAUAGGGAAGUGGCGAGCCGGAUGUCGAGCUUGGUGCCUCCACUGGCCGUUUCGCCGGCAACGUAAUCAGUUCUUGUCCCUUUAAUCAUUUUGUUUUCGCUUUUCUCCUAUAAAGCUAUGCUUCAUCAGUUGCCCAUCUAUCGUCCAUGUUUCAUAAUGUAAUGUAUACAGUUCCUUUUUUUAAUGUUCCAUGUUGGUGAUUGACAGUUCCUUGGAUUCAGAUCAGCUCUAGCUCUCGCAUAUUUUAGAAAACAAAAAAAAAAAAUCACUCUUACUUGAUUUUUUGUUGUUGUUGUUUUAAGCCGGAAAGUGAAAGAGAAUGCCUAUGGUUGCUGAAUUUGAAAGGAAAUAUUAAAAAAACCGUGCUUAGAUUCGUAUUCAUGUCAAGACCGUUCGAUGAAUUUUUUAUAGAUAUUUUGGUCAUUGACAUUGAGGUUAGGGUUAGGGUGACUAUGAUGAGAUGAGAUGAGAUGAGAUGGGUAGCAGGGGUUGGUUUCUGAAUAAAGUUAUCGAGUUGCAGAUCAUUGUGAUGUAUAAGAUUUGACUGAGAUACGUUGUUCACGAGGGAGAUGCUUUUCUGUUCCCCAAAUAAGAUAUGUGAAAUAUGGACGCAUGGUCUUAUGGUGAAAUCUCGGCCAAACUGAUGCAUGAGGUCUUUCUUCACAUGAAGCGAAGCAUGGAUAGUUGUAGAAUUGCAUCUCAGGUUGCAGUGUACAUUAAUCCAGGUUCCCAGAUUCCCAAUAGGCAAAACUCUAUCUCUUCCAUCUUCUUCUUAACCUUUGAACAACCCUAUUGACGGGCUGGUUUUACUGUCAAAAACCUUUGUAAUAUCAUAGGUUCAGGAAGGUGAGAUUCAAGCAUUUCUUGGGUGGAUGGCAAUCCACUGUACACUUGAAAAUGGAUCUUACAUAGGCAGGCAUCCCUGAAAUGCUAGUAUCUUUUAACUUAAGUUAUUAGAUGACCGAUGGGGGUGAUAGGCUUUUUCCUUGUUGAUCAUUGUCGUAUCAGCUCCGAACCCUUCAUCUCAGUGGGAUAUGCUGUGUAGGCGACUUGACCUAUAUGAAGAUUUGUGAUAAUUUUUGGUUCCAAACUCGAAAGAAACAUGAUAAUCUUUGAAAGUUCGUUAACUUUAGGAAAGAUUGUGUUUUUCCACUUAUUAUAGCUGGGGAUUGCCCUCAGUGUGAUCAAAGCAGAAACCAAUCGUCACCCAGUGUCUUUUCUUCUUUAACGCCGGUCUUUUCUAUGCGAAGUAUUGUCUAGAUUUGUUGAGUUUGUUAGAAUAUCACUUUGGAAGAUGUGUAUUUUUUCUUCUUUUAAGUUGUUUACAAUGAGAUGGUUAAUCAUCCUUCUGAGAGUUGGAGGUUCAUUGAGGAACUCUACCAACCUUGGGAAGGAUGUCGAAAUAACCUGAGGCACACCAAAUCCUGUAGAAAAGCUCAAAGGGGGUAUCCUGUAGUUCAUGUUAAUACUCUUCACCAUGGUGAAUCUUUGACGUGUGGAAUCUGGUUUCUUGAAAUGUUAACCUGCGAUGUGUUCUUCUUGCAUUGAUCUAGACUUCGGGCUUUGUGAAUUUUAUCAUAUUUAACUCCAUUAUUUUUCUUGCCUUGACAGUGGUGCAGAAGGAAAGAAUAUGCCCCCUUCCCAAGUUCCUGAUUUUGGAGCGCGUGAACGAUCACUAGGAUUUGGCCUACAACAUCCUGGUAACCUCAGUAGAGGUCUGCUUCUGGUCGCUAACUUUGGCUUGAGACUAAUAAAUGCAUCAUCAUCAUCAUAAAGCUCGUUCCAUGAUUGACCCUCAAUUUUGAUGAUAUGAACAACGUUUUCUGUUGAGUUUCUCCGGAGGUCCACAAGGGAGCUUGUGUUAAUAAACUAUUCAUCAUCAGAGCACGACGCAUGUAAUAUUUGCUGUUUGCUCUUUGGCAGUGGAUCGUUGUCAUUAUUAUCCCUGUCUCCUUGUUGUAUAUGCGCUUGCGAACUCAUAAUGAGACUGGGAUUUGAGCGUAUUCGAGUAUGAGGGAAUCUAGUUAGGAGUACUCGUUUAUGUGGAUUGAAUAUAAUAUGCAUUGCUCCUUGUGAUUUGGUCUCAUUAUGCGCAUUUUCUUGUUCCAUGGUGACACAGAUAUCUUCAACUUAAAGUUUAGUGGACAGACGGUUGCCUCUAAUUCUCUCAGAUAUGAUGCCGUGGGUAAAGUGAGUUUUGGCUACAAUGUAAAUAUUAUGACAUGAUCGCUUAUUUUUCUCGGUUUAAUAGAAAAAAAAUCUGUUUUUAUUUGUUGGGCAGGCAUUAUCUUCCCCUGAUGCAACUCCCUCAGACAGCAGGAGUGAAUCUCUUCCCUCCUCACAGCAAAAGGCGGCACAGAAUUUUCCAUCCCUUCCUAGUGGUCACUUUGAAAACUGGGGAGAUUCUGCCGUGGCAGCUGAAACAAGCCCAAGGACUGAUACUUCGACGGAUGUUGAUACUGAUGAGAAGAGUCAAGGGGUGAUGCUCCUGUGACCCGGUCAUCUUGUUACAUACAUGUCAUGAUCAUAACCCUAGGGAAGUAGGGCUGCUUAUCUGAGUUGAUUUAUGGAUAUUUCAAUUGCCUAUUACCACUGGAAGUUCUUCGUUUUAGCGAAUAAUCAUGACACAUCAGCCUCUCGAUGAAAUUGAUUGCGAUGCUAUUCGUAUGAUGUCGGUCAGAGUGGGGGUUUAAAUGUGUAGGAUGUGAUCGGCUUGUGAUAGGAAAUCGUUUUUUUUCUUUGGUGAGAGUAGAGCCUCCUUAAUUCACUGUUUUUUGCCUUUGUGUAGCAAGCCGGCUAGAUAAUAUAUUUUUCUCACAAGUGAUAGGUCUAGAGAUUUGUUUCAUUCGCUGGCAUUUGGAAGUUUUCCAUAGUUUUCUCUGUGAUAGAGAUCGAAUAUUGUGCUGCCUCAAAUUUGUGAAAGUUACUAUUUGGAGGCAUUUAUGCACUGAUGUGUACAAUAUUUUUCUCCAGCAGAAAGGAUAAGGUGAUUGGGUUCCCGAAUAACACCCAUUAUAUUGGAGUAAUCCAUCUGAGUGCCAUGCUGCGUUCUUAUCUCUGUUUGAAUAUUCAGAGAAAAGCAGUUUCUGGUUGUCGUAAGUAAUAUGAUAUUCAAUUUGAAAUUUAGCUGAGAAUAAUUUUCAUGUGUUUUGUGCGAGUGGAACAAAAAUCUUCAAACAUCUUAUAAAGUUCUAAAAGGAAAAUAUGACGACAUAGCCAUUUGUCUGAAUUCUUUCACAGCUUUUUGUCUGGAUUCUUUGUUCUCAUCAAUGGUACCUGUAGUCGUACGGUGUGGAGGUGGGAAUAUGAUCUCCAAUGCGGAGUCACUUGUCUUAGUGUACUUUAUCUAGCUGUCUUCUUGUGUUCCUUUGUUGUCUUUCAUGAUCUACAGAGUAAAGAUCACAAAGUUUGACGAAGUCACAAUUUUUCUUUUUUUUGAAGAAUGUGCCGAAUGAAUCUUUCUAGAUUUAUUCCGUUUUUAAACAAUGGUUCUUGGAUAAUUUAUUUUAAUACCAAUGGCCCAAUGAUUUGCUAAGUUCUCCACGCAGAUAAACUUAAUAAGACACUUUAGACUGGAUACUGACGUCUGAAUAUGUCUCUGCUCGUUACUUCCAGUUUCACGCCAGUUUCUGUGACUGUGGUUGUAAGUGGUGUGAUAUGUUUGAUUCUUGCAAUUUUAGGCCAGGUGAGUGAGGAAAUUCCUGUCGCCCAGGAGACUGUCAAAGAAAGCUGAUGAUUUAUUCAGAGAGUUAUCCAUCUAACGGUGUCAUUUUAUUGUGAGGAUGAAGUCAUAUAUUUCUUGUAACCUAUUCUUCUUGCAAUGUUGGAAUGAAUACAGUUUUCUUUUCGAUGCUUACCUUGGUUUAUUUCAAUGAGAAUGAUGUCCUUAAUAUUCGAUUAGUAUUUAAACCAUAUAUUGCUGCACGUUUACUUGUAUCAACCACAUGAUUUUGCAUGCAAUCAACAUGCCUAAGAUUUGGGUCCAUAUGAAUUCAUUUCUGACUGAUGCUUGAUAUUUUUGUCUGUGGGUUUGAAACUGGACAGAAAAAUGCCAUGGUAGCUGUUUCAGAUUCUAGUGACAGGUCAAAGGAAAAACCAGGGGACCAAAAGGUGGCGGACGAGGCUUAACAAUUAAUAUCUUUUUUUGAUUAUAAAAAUUUCUGCGGAUUAUUUUUUAUUUUCCAAAUGAGUUAUAUAAUUGCAGGGUAUUUUUCAUUUUUCAGACGCUCCGUAGGCUUGCCCAGAAUCGUGAAGCCGCCAGAAAAAGUCGUUUACGAAAGAAGGUAUGGUGCUAAUUUAUUGAAUGGCUAUCUUGUUGUUCCAUUGACAGUGCUUCUGACACAGCUUAAUCACAUUUACUGAAAAAUAUCUGAGCUAAUUUGGUAAAUGGCACUGCUUGGCAUCACCAUGCUCAUCGCCGUGUAUUCUUGCAUUGUUUAAAUAUGAUCUCGAUAAUCCAAAGUUCAUGGGCUGAAAGUCCUCUUUACUUGUUUUCAUCUCCAAAGGCAUACGUCCAGCAGCUGGAGAGCAGUAGGCUGAAGCUUAACCAACUCGAGCAGGAGCUGCAAAGGGCUCGCCAGCAGGUAUGACCAUCCCUUCCUUUUAAUGGGCGCUCUGAUUUGGUUGCUUUUUUUGACGAGUUCUUGAUUCAUUGGUUUUCCUUCCGCAGGGGAUUUUUAUUUCUAGUUCAGGAGACCAAUCCCAUCCAUCGAACGGAAACGGUGGCCUACUCGAGACGAUCAUAAAUAACUUGUUUUUGAUUCUGUGUUUGAAUCUAUAUGUGGAUUCCGACGUAGAUCAGCGACCGUCUCCGGUGCUUCAAGAACCGGCGUUCAUCUUCUCCUCUUUAUGAAUUUACAGGGGCGUUGACCUUCGACGUAGAGUAUGCGCGGUGGCUGGAGGAGCAUAACCGGCAGAUUGGUGACCUGAGGACGGCGGUGAAUGCCCAUGCGAGCGACAACGAUCUCCGCAGCAUCCUCGACAGCGUCAUGGCGCAUUAUGAUGACAUUUUCAGGCUGAAGAGCAUAGCCGCGAAGGCCGAUGUCUUCCACAUCCUGUCGGGCAUGUGGAAGACCCCCGCCGAGCGGUGUUUCCUGUGGCUGGGCGGCUUCCGAUCCUCUGAACUCCUCAAGGUUUGGCCAUGAAUUUGGAUUCUGAUCAUCUGAGAGAGGAUCACAAGCAUUUGAGACAAACGUUCCGUUUUUUGACGAAUUAUGUGUUAAUUAAAGCACUUCUUGUUGGCUCAGCUUCUCGUGAGCCAUCUGGAGCCUCUCACGGAGCAGCAGAUGGCCGGAAUCUGCAACCUGCAGCAGACAUCCCUUCAGGCGGAGGACGCUCUGUCUCAGGGGAUGGAAGCGCUGCAGCAGUCCUUGUCCGAGACUCUAGCUUCUGGGUCCCUUGGCACUGCCGGGUCAUCUGGAAAUGUUGCUAACUACAUGGGUCAGAUGGCCAUGGCGAUGGGAAAGCUCGGUACGCUGGAGAACUUCCUUCGCCAGGUACUUCUGCUGUUCCCCAAUCUCACCUCAGCGCCUUACACCAGGAGAUCUUCCUUCCCUACCUUGCUCAUCCAAACAGGCCGAUGUAAAUCAUAACCACAUCCUUUCCCAUGUUGCCAGAAGAAAUGAUGGUAUUCUUGUUCUGAUUCUUCACACAUCCUCUCUCUCUCUGUCUCUCUGUCUCUCUCUCUCUCUCUAUAUAUAUAUCAUUUGGUUAUCUGUUUUCUACUUACUUUCAAGGUUUCUUCUUGCCAGGCAGACAAUCUGCGGCAGCAAACCCUUCAGCAGAUGCAUCGCACCCUGACGAUUCGGCAGUCGGCGCGUGCUCACCUGGCGAUCAACGACUACUUCUCGCGGCUCCGGGCACUUAGCUCGCUCUGGUUGGCCCGGCCCCGAGAGUGA